CUCAGCUCCUGGCUGUCAAAGUUGAACAGGUUUGGCCAGCCUCCGGGUGACUAACAGAGGGGCGUUAUUAUGACACACAGCUGAUGAAGCAACACACAGAGACAACUAUACUUUAAUAUAAUUUGGGCUUUGUUGUUAGUCGAUUGCUUUUCGUGAUUUUGUAACAGCCGCUUUCUGCGGGAGGGGUUUAGUGGAUAAUAGUAACGGCGGUGGUGGAUGUUUUCUAAUGGGCGAUUGCUGCAGAUAGCGGUGAGGAAAUUUCACGAGCGGGCAAAGAAAGAACGGUGGCGGUACGCUCUGGGCUGUUUGGCCAUGGGAAGCUCCUGCAGCAAUCAUCUGGGGAUCCCUCCAGGGAAGGGCCCCUACCCUGUGGGCUGCACCGACUUCAUGAUGGACCACACAGCACAGGGCAGCUUCUUCAGACUGUACUAUCCCUGCCAGAAGAUGGAGAAGGCAGAGAAGCCCGACUGGAUCCCCAGCGUGGAGUAUUUCUACGGCCUGGCCGACUUUAUGAAAAUCAACAGGAGUUUGAGCGAAAAGAUUUUCAACUACUUGUUUGGCUCCUAUAAGAUCCCAGCCUCGGUCGAUGCUCCGUUUAAAUCCAACGAAAAAUGUCCCGUGAUUAUUUUUUCCCACGGCCUUGGUGCCUUCAGGACUUUGUAUUCGGCUAUAUGUGCAGAAAUGGCGUCGCGAGGCUUCAUCGUGGCGUCCGUCGAACACAGAGACGAGUCGGCCUCGACUACAUUUUACUUUCACGAGAAGACGGAGCCUGAGCUGACGCAGGAGAGCUUGCCCAAAACGUCGCUGGCUGCAGCCCAACAGGACCUGGUGAAGGAGUGGAUGUACUACCGAGCUCUGCAGCACGGAGAGAGAGAAUUCCCCCUCAGAAACAAGCAGGUGAAACAACGAGCAGAUGAGUGCAUCCUGGCUCUGGAUAAGCUCACCGCCAUCAACUCUGGAGUAGCGGUGCAGAAUGUUCUGCAGACUCAGUUUGACUGGACGACGCUAGAGAACUCUAUGGACCUGUGUCGGACAGCAGUGAUGGGACAUUCCUUUGGCGGAGCAACUUCUAUUGAAGCCCUUUGCAAAGAGGUUAAAUUUAAGUGUGCCAUAGCUCUGGACGCCUGGAUGGUUCCUUUAGAUGAUGAGAUCUUUCCUCGGGUGAAGCAGCCCAUUUUCUUCAUCAACUCUGAGAAGUUCCAGUGGGCAGGAAACAUCAUCCGCAUGAAGAAGCUGGACUCUGCGGUGGUUCAGAGGAAAAUGAUCACUAUCAGAGGUACGGUGCAUCAGAGCUUUCCAGACUUCACCUUCCUUACGGGGAACUGGAUGGGGAAGCUGUUGAAGCUAAAGGGAGAGAUUGAUCCAGAGCUAGGCAUAGACCUCUCCAACAAGGCAACGUUGGCCUUUCUGCAACGCCAUCUUGGUCUGGAGAAGGACUUCAACCAGUGGGACCCUCUGAUUGAUGGGCAAGAUGAAAACCUCAUCCCAGGAACUAACGUAGUCCUGCUCCAGUCUGCCAUCUGAACAUCUCAGGAACAUCCUGAAUUAUUCCAACAGCCAUGAACGGUUCCUCUGAAACAGACUGAGGGAUAACUUGUUGGAUUGAUAGUGAAGUAAAGGCGUCUACCUCAGAGCCAGGAAAGACAAAGCACCAAGUGUGCCGCUGAUAUAAUGAGGCCUCAAUGAACCAUGGACCUCCUUUCACUGAUGCCAAAAUCAGUUUAGUUAAAACCAAGUAUUCAAAGCAAUUCCUGUGUUGAUCUGAGAUGCUUUAUAAUCGCUGUGGUACGUCCCAGAAGCGUUAAUUUUAAUAAUCACAUUUGGUACAAAAUGUUUGUAAUGAGCUUAGCCAAAUAAACGGCCUCACUUCAGGGGUUAAACACUAAAGCCUGCAGUAAGAUCCUGUUAUAAAUCACAGGUGUACAGCAUGUAACGUUUUUAAUGCACUGUCUGUAAUAUCUACAUCUUUU